UGGCAACUUCUCCUUUCUCUCUCUCUCUCUAAAAACACUGAUCAUCUAAAAUGCUCCCACGACUACAAAAUGACGCCUCGCCGGAGCAUCAAUAAAUGCCACCGUCUCCGCCGUAUUCACCGCCAUCUCCUCCGCCGUCACUCCAAUUCUUCAUUUCAAAUUGUAUAAUUAUUAAAUAAUUUCUCUCUCUAAAUUGUACGUUAUGGUUAACAAACGCGUCCCCGAUUGGCUCAAUAGCUCUCUAUGGUCUUCUCCUUCACCACAACAACCCUCACUUCAAUCUCCAUCUCCAUCUCCGGCGCCGUUAAAUGACGAUGACGACGACGUUACUUCUAACCGGUCGUCUACACGCCCAGCUACUAAAUCAUCCGCCGUUAAAUCUCUUGGUUCGGCAAGUGGCGGAGAGUUUCCGGUGGAAAGGACGGAGGCUCCGCCGGUGAUUAGAGAGGAGACUCGGCACGUGCCUGCACGCGCUAAAGCGGAAAUUAGAGAUCCUUUGAAUAGUAGUAGUAAUUUAUACCAUAGUGAUGAUGAAAAUGGAAGUUCCGCUAGUAGUACUACGACAUCUGCAUCCGCCGCUGCUGCUGCUGCCGCUAUUUCUUCAGCUGAAGAUAUUUCUCGUCAAGCUCAGCUUUUUCAAGAGUUGUCAAGAAAGAUUAUAAAUAUGGGAGAAGUCAGGAGGCUAGCAUCACAAGGGAUACCUGAUGGAGCUGGCAUUCGUGCUACAGUGUGGAAGCUACUGUUGGGCUAUUUGCCAACUGAGAAAGCUUUAUGGCCGACAGAGUUGGCUAAGAAGAGGUCUCAAUACAAACAUUUUAAAGAGGAGCUUUUGAUGAAUCCUUCGGAGAUUACGAGGAAGUUGGAGAAGUCGGUAAUUAUUGACGAUGAAGGAACAGAGGUAGAGGACAAGGGUGUACUCCCAAGAUCAGAGAUAUCUCAUGGAGAGCAUCCUUUAAGUCUUGGGCAGAAUAGCAUUUGGAAUCAAUUCUUCCAGGACACGGAAAUCAUUGAACAGAUCGAUCGAGAUGUCAAGCGCACGCAUCCAGACCUGCACUUUUUCUCUGGGGACACACCAUUUGCAAAAUCUAAUCAGGAUGCUCUGAGGAAUAUACUCAUUGUUUUUGCCAAACUGAAUCCGGGUAUAAGAUAUGUUCAAGGGAUGAAUGAAUUAUUGGCUCCACUGUUUUAUGUAUUCAGGAAUGAUCCCAAUGAGGAAAACGCAGCUUCUGCAGAAGCAGACACUUUCUUCUGCUUCGUGGAGCUAUUGAGUGGAUUUCGUGAUCAUUUCUGUCAGCAACUUGACAAUAGUGUUGUUGGAAUUCGUUCUACAAUUACAAAGUUAUCGCAACUUCUGAAAGAACAUGAUGAAGAGCUCUGGCGGCAUCUUGAAAUGACGACUAAAGUGAAUCCACAGUUUUAUGCAUUCAGAUGGAUAACGCUCCUUCUAACACAAGAAUUCAACUUCGCGGACAGUCUGCUUAUAUGGGACACACUACUAAGUGAUCCUGAAGGACCUCAGGAAACAUUGCUUCGAGUCUGCUGUGCUAUGUUAAUUAUCGUACGCAGGCGGCUACUUGCUGGCGAUUUCACCUCUAAUUUGAAGCUACUGCAAAAUUAUCCAUCUUCAAAUAUCAGCCACCUGCUCUAUGUAGCCAAUAAAUUACGUGUUAAAUCAGCUGGCUAAAACUGUCAAGCAGAAAAGAAGUUUUGGUUAUCCAUUCUUUGUAUUUCUUGAAAUUGUAAUUUUAGAAUGUAAAUGUCUGUUAGAAUCAGCUGUAGACAUCUGCCGACCCCCCCCCCCUCCCCCCCCCCCCCUAAAAAAAAAAAAAAAACCCCCUCUUCUCCUGGUUGUUCACCUUAGAUUUUGUUGUCAGUAGAUUGAAUAGAUUUGAUGGUUUGUUCUUUGGGUUGAUGGGUAAAAUGGAUGUCAUUUGCUAUUUGA